GUGACUUUCUGUGUGUGUUUUUAUGACUGCUUCCUUGUCCUCCACCCCAUCUAAUAAAACGUUAAAAUUAAAUCUCUGACCAACUUCCCCCCUCCUCUUUUGGCUUUUUGCAGUCACCGUCUAAAACACUUUUUUCUUUUUUUUUAAUGUCAGACUGUGUGAUUUGGAUUAGAAUGCACAACUACCAGAAAGGCCCAGCCAGACUGUAGGCCUUGGAGGAUCCCCAGCCUGGAGUACAGCCUAAGACCUGGGAUUGGGAAUGCAAGCAAGCAUGGCAGAGUUACUCACACAGGAGGAGGAGCAGGUAACGUAUCUUUGGAAACGAUGCAUUCGUGCACUUGAUGGUAUAUCUAGAUUUUAGAUGUAUAGAUAGUUUUGAAACAAAUGGAUUAUGUCUGCAUUUAAAUGACCAGAAAUAUUUUACAAUGUAUGAUGAAUAUAGGGAAAGAAAAAAACAAACAUUCUGCAUCUUUUCUUAAAAUGUAUCCGUAAUCCUGUAAUAUGCAUUAUUUUUCAUAAAUGUUCUGUAUUUUUAACGCAGGUAGAUAAAAGCAGUUGGUUAAAAUUUUUAUAAUUUGUAUUUUUUUUGCAAUAAGAGUAGCAAUAUAUUUAUGCAUGGAUGUGUGUACUUGUUCCUUGUUUAUUUUUUAAUUCCUUUUUUUUUUUUUUUCCCAUCCUUCCCUUUUAUCCUUCUCUUUAUUUUUAUAUUCGCUGACCCUUUUAGUUACCCUUGAUCCUUAAGUUUUGUUAAAUUUGUACUCUUGUUAUUGUCGUACUGCUUAUUUUGACUGCAGUACACCGUCCAUAUUUGUGCUCUUUUCUUUUUUUCUUUUUCCAUACCCUUUUCUUCUUAUCAUUUUUCACUCUUAUUUUUUUACGCUUUCUUGUAAUUCAAAAUAACUUAUCUGUCCUCCUUAAUUCUUCCUCCACACUUUCUUUGUUCUUUUACUGUUCUCUCUGUCUGGUUUGCCUGCUCUUGUGGUUAUGGUGCCUUCCCUCAGUAAGUUGUCAAGCCAUGCUAUGAUGUUAUGGCAACUUACCUGGGUGCCUGCACAACAUCAAUGAAGUCCAAUUUUCUCCAGCAUGCAAAGCCGAAUGUCUCUUUAAAGUAAAGCAGGACCGCUAUCAUUGGCUGAGAGUACCAACCAAUGAUCCAGGCCCUGCAUCUAUUUGCUUUACUCUAAAACCUCAUCUGGCUUGUCCUAUUGGAGAAGACAGGAUGAGGCAGAUGCCGUGCAGGACCCAGGUAGGCUGUCAAUCUGUGAUAACAUGGUUUGGAAUUUUACUCUGGCACAGUCCUAGGGCACUCAUUGCAUGAUAAACACUAUAGCAUACUGUAGUAGUUAUGGUGCUAGGAGUGUCCUUUCCAUCUAGGAGUAAGCUAUGUAUCCAAUUUAUUAGCAUGUUCUAAUUUAGGACACAAAAUACAAAUGCCAAUUUUAAAUCUUUCUUCUCUUCUCUACUCUUCUUUUUCUGUAUCUUAACUUUAUACUUCACUACACCCGGCAUCAGUUUUCCUUUACUAGGUCACUCUUCUUUUUUUGUUAUAUUUGUUUUUGUUGAUAGUGUUUAUUCUCUACCCAACCCCUUGUUUCUUAGGCCACUCAGCGGUUCCUGCAGGAGAUGAAUUCAUGGACAUCCUGUCACUCUGUGUCCCCUCUCUCUUGGGAUGUUGCAGUUAAAUUCCUGAUGGCGCGAAAGUUUGAUGUCGUUCGAGCAAUUGAGCUCUUCCAUUCAUACAGAGUGAGCACCACAUAUACUCUAGCUCAGAAACCUUCAGCACUCCAGAUGUUGGACUACAUCUCCCAUAAUUCUCUUAGAGCCAUAAUACUGAGCAAAACAUUAGAGGAGAUGUAGUCCACAAAAUCUGGAGUGCCGAGGUUGCCUACCCCUCCUCUAAUGGAUCUGUCACCUAUAUAAUUUUCAUCUUUAUAGGAAUUAGUCCCUUAUUUUUCAUUCUAUUUAUUUAUUUUAGCACCUAUUGUUCAAUGCAUAGUUUGCAGGGCUACGAGUGACUAUAAGUCGUGUGAUCGAUUUUCAUUUCCCAUUUCAUUUAUGAAACUUGUGUUAUGUAUAAACCGUGCAGCUGUAAUUAUAUUUAUGCUGUGUUUUCUGUGUAUACAGUGUCUGUUGAUAAAACACACCUUCCUACCAACAGGAAACUCGGCAGAGAGAGGGGAUUGUACGUCUGAAUCCUCUGCAGGAGCCAUUGCUGUCCGAGCUGCUGAGUGGCAAAUUUACAGUGCUGGUAAGAAGCUGAGGAUCUCGUAGUUACUGGCACAAAGGGGGGGGGUUAACCAUCGACCCUUUCCAACCCUUGGAAUAAAUUUAAUUAAAUUCACUCUCUUGAAUAUAGGUCGAUCUUUUGAAUAGAAAUUAUCCGUGUUUAUCACAUAUAUUAUGGAAAUUUUCUUAAAGUAAUAGGAUAAUUUUCAUGGUAUGUCGUAAUAUUGUAGGAAUCUACUGAUCUAAUAGGUGACAUUCCCACAAAUAUGCAGUUUAAUGCAUUUUACAGGGUUGUGAUGUCUUUAACUCUAUUAACUAAGCAAAGGAUACUCAAGGGGAAUAUAUAUUUUAGACAAAAGAAGUGAAUAGGGGGGAAAAAAUUACAGUUUGGAAAAUAUGCAAAUUUCUUGUCUCCACAAUUCAUGGUCCCUUUAUCAACAGCGAGUUGUGGUAAGUCGGUCAUUAAUUGAGCAAAAUUCUGUCUGUAGUGUAUACAUAAUAUUACAUAGUAUAUAUCUGUUGCCUGCUCCCACAAUUCUCUGUUUAACGAGUGGGGAGAUCACUGUAGACAUUCCAGCUGGUUCUGAUUGCAUGUUUGUCUCUAUUCUAGAGUGUCAGGGCUCCCUCUGGAGCUUCUAUAGCCAUCUUUACUGCCAAACUCCACCAUCCAGCAAGUAAGAAUAGCAGAGAGGUCCAGCAUACGGUGCUUCAAGCGCUCUUCUACUUACUGGACCGUGCCAUAGAGAGGUGAGCAUCCUAUAACCAGUAUGACAAAUCAUGUAAUGUGUUCCCCUUACAGAAUAGCCUACAGUUCUGAGAAUGUUCUACAUUAAAAAAAUGCCAUAACAAUAACCCCAUCUCUCUGCAAACACCUCCUCACCUGUUGGACACAUAUGUUAUAGCAAAAUGGCUCUGACGAUUAAUUAAAAAUAAAAUAAUCCACACCCCUGACCACAUUUGAUCACUUCCGCUGCAUACAGAUUCGCAGCUUUCUCAACGAACCACAAAAUAGGGCAGCCGCCACUACCAAACCAACGCAAUUGUAAAAAACAUGCCUCCACGCACCCAUACAGAAAGGACAAAUCACAAAAAUAUACUCAUUCUUAAACUCAAACUCCCCAGAGGACGCUCUCUUCUACACCAAGGCUUGGGAAAGAGAUAUAGGCCCCCCUGCAGACCCCACAGACUGGGCAGACAUAUGGGAAGCCACGGCUUCGCUUACCAUUUGCGUUAACCUUAAAGAGCAAGCCUAUAAAACCCUACUCAAAUGGUACCUCACGCCGCUCAGACUGAAACAAAUGGGCCUCGCCACCACAGACACAUGCUGGAAAGGCUGCACACAGAAGGGCACAUAUAUCCACCUGGUGGGAAUGUCCCCAAGUCCUACAAAUAUGGGAAAGAGUGAUCACGCUCGCGUCAGACAUAUUAGAAACAGACAUACCAAGAGACCCCUGGAUAUGGCUGCUCUCUAAACCUCACCCCCCCUCACCAGAGCGCAGAAUAAACUGGUGGCCAGACUAGCGUUGGCCACCAGAAGGACGAUAGCAGAACAAUGGGGCAAUCAGAAUACACCCCAACUAACCACUAUGAUCAACAAAACACAAGAAACAAUGGAAAUGGACAAACUAUCAGCCCUACUACACGACACAACACGAAACUUCCACAAGAUAUGGGACCCAUGGACCCAACACCACCUACAGGCACCAUAAGCGGAGGACCCGGGAACAAGCCGCGAUUCCUCCUCCUCCUCCCCCCCCCCCCAAAAAAAUAGACCCCCUACUGAUAGCACACUAGGACCCCAUAGGUCCCCCCAACCUCCCACACCCUACACAGAUCCCCCCACACCAACCUCACAAAUAAAAGCAUAAACACAAGACUAGGGAACUCACCCAACAUAAAACAAAAUACCACACCUCGUACAACAUGAUCGCCAGCAACAGAUACAAAUAUAAGGGAACAACCUCAGGCACUAGGCGUAGACUCGGAUCUCACCACACUGGUAACCCUCCACAUCUACAGCCUAAACAAGACGACCACCCAUGGGUCGAGACCACCAAACUCCCGCACUGACCGCACCCGCACACAAAACAGACAUGCCAAUCCAAACCCCAGACCCAAAUACAACCGAAAGAGACACAAACCUGACGAACACAACACAGGAAGAGCCACACACGCUCUCAGAGGCAAAGACGACAAGACCCAAAACCAAGUGGUAACCUUCACCUGAGACAUACAAAAACUGAACCACUCAACCCAGAAGACUGAUAUGAGGUUUCGCAAUAAAUCGUACUAAUACCAUAGAAAUGAAACGAAACUGAAAAUUUAUUGAAUAACACUGCUACCCUACCCCUACCUCUAUUCUGUACCCUUUACCUCAUCUAAACUUGAAAAAUAAAGAAUUUAUAAAAAAAAAAAAAAACAAUAUUAAUCCUGAGGCUAUAGGCAGCUUGAUGUUCCUGGUUUUUCAGUACCGGUUCUCUGUUUGGAUUCAUCCAUGUUCUUUUCUUUUCUUUUUAUUGAGUAUUGCUAUAUCCGCCUUGGAAUUUGAUACUUGUUACAUUAUUUGUAUUGUCACAUGCUUCAUUGUCAAACAUGUGGUCAGUUCUGAAAACCCAAUAAAAAUAGAUUAACUAAAAAAAAAAAAAAAGACCUGAGGACUUGCAGUAAAUGGAGCUCGUUGAGUGUUGGUGCUAGUCAUACAGACAGGAAUUAAGUGAGUCACAAUUGACUUGAAUUGACCCCCCCUCCCUCCUGUGCCCCAUUCAGAUUCUAAUUUCACUGCUGAAAGUUGAACCAUAUAUUUUGCUUCGAAAUGUCUGUGGUUGUGAGUUAUUCUCAACAGGAAGUGACCUUUGCUGUGUUAACAUCACGUGCAUUAUAGAAACCCCAUCUGUAAAAUAUAGUCUGUGCUUACUGUGUCAUUUCUGGUUGACAGUGCUGCUUCUAUGGAGGAUAUAACUGCAGGUUGUUAAUCUGGCAUCACCACACGUGUUUUAGUCAGUCGCUAGCCUCUUUAACUAGUUAAAUAAAACUGAAAGUAGAAACCCACACUACGCUAUCCUGGAACCGAGCGAUUCCAUCUUAGCUCAAAUUCCGUCUUUGUUAUAAGCUCUGUCUUUGCACCUCUCUGUCAGCAUAGAGAGAACAUAGAUAUCCUCUAUAUCUAUUUCAAGACUUACAGUAUACAACUGUAACUCAUUUUUCCAUGAAUGUAGAAAGCUAAACCUCCACCAAGGAUUUCAACAGUAGUUGCAAUAAAUGGUAUUAGCUACAGCUGUCAUGUUAGACCGUGUAUAAAAGCUGCCAUUGAUUGCUGGGCAUACUUUACUCUGUAAGCUGGGUAACAGGUGUCACUGCCGUAAAAUGCCAGAGUCACGUGUUAAUAUAUUAUAUGUCGUGUUAGUAUUGACACUUAGUGCCUGGAUAAUUGCUGCAAGUAGUUUAGAAAUCACAGUUGACAUCAGAACCAACAAUGGAAAAAUUAAUUUACAACAUUCUACCCUUUAGAGAUCCUUCAUGAAAAUGGAAUGUCCCACUCAUUUAAAAGCAGUAAAUUCUACACCAGCACAGGGACGUUAAGGACCAGAUUUUGGUGGUGGCCAGGGCUGCCAUAAAAACACUUGGGGUCCCAUUACAGAUCAAAUGGUUGGCCCCUCUUAUGACACACAUUCCCAGACUCCCUGAUACUAGAGUACUGGCUGAACCCCUCCCCUUCCCCCCCACAUGUGACACUAGAGACUGGAUAAAGUGUCAUUUCACCCUAAGGGAUUAAAAGUGGGUGAUAUAAGUUGUAGAUAAAUACCACUUGGACAGCUAUUUUGUUUUGGACUAAUAGGCAAAUGGUGUUUUAUCCAUAAUAAAAUAACAAAAUUCUGUUUCAUUUUAGUGUUGACACACAGCGAAAUGGCCUGGUGUUCGUCUACGAUAUGGGAGGCAGCCAGUACAGCAAUUUUGAACUGGACCUGAGCAAAAAAAUCCUGAGCCUUCUGAGAGUGAGUGAGUUUUCCAUCCCUCGAGCUGCCCAUAGUUUGGAAUUAGAUGAAGAUAAUGUAUAUGUUUAAUGGUAUUUUACUGGCAACAGUAUCAUAAGAAAGCAUUUUGGGCUUGAAAUGUUCUAAAGAUCUGAAAGGGAGCAUGAAAUGUUGGGAAACAGAUUAUAAUUAUUAUUUUUUUAUUUAUAUAGCGCCGGCAAAUUCCGUCGCGCUGUUCAAUGGGAUAGGCUGUAUAGGGAAGGAAAUCAAUUGUAGAAUAAAAAGAAAUAUGUACUAAAGCACUUUAUUGAUCGGACGACCUAUAGAAAAUAUGAGAUCUAGAGAUCAUGGCUUUUUUUUAAAGUAAUAACUGUAAUCCAGGGAGAUUUCAGACACAAACCACUAGAUUGCUGCAUGGUCAUACUAACUAAAUAUAAAAGCCAGAGACAUCAACCAACUACAGCAAAUUUUUCGUUAAUUAUAAUACUUGGCUUUAUAAGAGGUAUAAUUCUUACCCCUGAAUUUAUUCCACGUCUUUGGUGCAAACUGAUGUAUCCUUGUUGUUCCAGAAGGGGGAGUAAGAGGACAGGUGAGCUCAGGACAGGUGAGGGAAUAGAGUACAGCAGACAUAAGAAGGAAGAAAACCAAAGCCUCUUUAUCGUCAAACCAAUUAUACUAUUUGAAUAAUAAACACACAGUGGAGUUUAUUCACUAAGCUGUGAAUUGUGCAGAAUCAAUGGAAUUGAUAAUUUUAAUACAAAGUUGCUGGGUUAGAAAAGGUGACAGGUCCAGCAUUGCCUACCCUAUCAAGGUAAGGGAGGAAAAUCUUCACAAAUAUUGAACAUUUAGCAUUUUCUGUCAAUCCUGACAUUUAAUUUGUAAUAAAACCGUUAUGAAGCUGGAAUGGGUUUUACCUGUUCGUGAAGAGUGAAGUAGUGCAAUAAGUCUGAGUCUUCCUAGUGGCAGAAUGAACAGGACUACUGUUUAAAAUGUGCUAUCAAAAGGUAUGAUUUUUAACGCACUCAUUCACCUUCUAGAUUUCCCAUUAUUCUAACAUACAGAAAGUCAGGCGUAUUCACUAAUCCAGAUGCUGACCAGGGAAUUUCCAAUUUUAGUCAAAAAUAGUGGAGUAGGAAAUUCCCUUGUCACGUCCUUACAAUUCCUUGUUUAAACCUGACCAUAUUAUUAUUUGUGAAAGGGACACUAUAGUCACCAGAACAACUACAGUUUAAUGUAUUUUUGGUGAGUAUAAGCAUCCCCUACAGGCAUUUUCAUGCAAACACUAUAUUUUCAGAGAUAAUGCAGUGUUUUAUCUCUACCUCCAGUGGCCACUUCUAAGAUGGCUAUGGAAGGUGCUUUCUGGGGCAGUGCUGCACAGUGUGCAGCACUGCCGUUCAGUGUUUCCACGCUCUGCAUGGAGACGCUGAAUCAAUGCAUCUCUACGAAAAGGUGCUGAUUGGCCAAUCUGGCGUUUGGCCCCACCAAUCCCGCCUCCUUGCAGAUGUCCGCCAAUCCAAUGCUUUCCCUAUGGGUAUUGUCUAAAAAUCAUAAGAUCUGAUGUCAGCAAGAAGGCGGAUCGGAGGUGGGACCAGUGCUGGCACCCCCUGCUGGAAAGAAGGCACAUUUUGUUACCUUUUAACCCCUUAAGGACACAUUACAUGUGUGACAUGUCAUGAUUCCCUUUUAUUCCAGAGGUUUGGUCCUUAAGGGCUUAAGGGGGGGCAAGCCACCUAAAUUGUGUUUUUAACACUACACGUUCAGGAAUACAUGUUUUGUGUUCCUGACCCUCUAGUGUUCCUUUAAAGUGUGAAUUCUUAGACAAAUUGAAACAAAUAUUGAAUAAUUUCUUUUCAAUUUUGCUCUUCUGGCUAAAUUUUUUAAAUUCACUUUGAUUUAACAUCAACUCACUCAUUAGAAAAUUACCAUUGAUGUACUAUGCAUGGAAUCCCAAGUAAUGUCCAAGUGGAGCACAGUUGCCUCCUCCAAUAUACCUGCCCACUUGUAGACUGCUGAGAUUUGUGAAUCUCAUAUUGCUUGUCUAGCUAGUAACCUUGUUGUGCUUGUAGGGUGCAUUCCCGGCACGUCUGAAGAAGGUCCUGAUUGUUUCACCGCCAGUGUGGUUCCGAGUUCCUUAUUCCAUUAUCAGCAUGUUGUUGAAGGAGAAGCUACGAGAGAGGGUGAGUUUAUUUUAUUACUAUACAGGCAUUUCUUACUUUAUGAACUCCCGCCUUUAUGAACUUUUUUCUGGAUGCGCUGCCAUUUUGUUUCACCGCCAUUUUGUUUCACCGCCAUGAGAGUGCAUUGCUUUGAAGCACAAACAAGAAGAGAAGAAGAUGAAUUUGUGGUCAGGAGUAGACAAAAAGAGAGAUGAGGAUCAGGAACACAGUUCCUGAAGAUAAAGGGAAAUCUAAAAAAACAGGUUUAGAUUGUACUGUAUUCUUUUUGUGCUUUCAUGCUUUUAGAGCCUGUAAUAUUAUUGCACUGUGUGCUAUUGAGUAUAGAUUUGACUUGAGUUGUCUGUGUGUGUCUGACAUAGCUGUCUGUGUGUAUGUGUGUUUGCCAUUGUGCCAUGUUUUGGCAGGCAGCAAUAGUAAGGAGCAGGAGGAGGGCUGAAAAAGGGUAGAAGGAAGAAAGUUUGAGAGCUGUAAAAAUAAAAUGAGUAGCAGAAAAGUGAUAAAGGAGAGGGGGAAGCUGAUAAUGAAGAAAAUUAAUAAGUAGGAGGGCUUAAGAGAGGUGCCCCCAUCAAACAAGUGCAGCAUGUCUCUUCAUUGAAUAGAAUGAGGAUUGGUGAUAAUUUUGAUGAAGAUUUCAAUAUGGUAUGCAUGCCUUUAAAAUUCCUAAAACAUACAUGUAUUUGCUAUGCUUUCAUAUUGUAUUUGUACUUAAUAAUUUAGGUUUUUAAUGGUAAAAUUUGUUGGUCAGGAACGGAACCCAUGUUUAUUACAUUGCGGUCUAUGGGAAAUUAGUUCUCACUUUAUGAACGCUCACUUUAUGAACUAGGCUUCGGAACCAAUUAGUUUGUAAAGUCGGGAACUACCUGUAUAGGAAAUGCACAAUAAAAUGCCUCUAAAAAUGUUCUCUGGUCUGUUUAUUUACAUGUGUAAUUUAACUUAUGUGACAAAAGAGUCCAGUGAAUUAAGUCCCUAAAGAAAAUAUGUAUUUUCACCGAUUUUUGUCUCCAGGUAGAAUGUGUAGGCCAUAUCUCGGUUUCUUUAUGAAGAUGUUCCUCUAUCUCAUAACACGCUGUCUUUAUCUCAGUUUGCCUUUUUUGGUAGGAUGUGCAGGAUAUAGUAGAAGUUUUGUCAGACUCCUGGCAAGAUAACCAUUACAAUAAGUUGUAGUGGACUUUAUGAACCUUUAAUGAUCUUGUAUGAACCUUUAAAAAUCAUCCAAAAUUAAUUGUCUUUUAAUUUCUUGCAGGUACACAUGGUGAGUGUCAAUGAACUUCUUCAACACUUACCUCCUCAGUGCCUUCCUGAAUCUCUAGGAGGUGUUCUUCCAUGGGAUCCCGGCACUUGGAAUUGUCUCCUUCUUCCAGGCCGUGCUGGGAGGCCGGACCCCCUUGAUGAGCUUGUGCUAGUGCUUGGAAGCAAGACAGAAGGAAGUGUACAUAGGCCAGGUCCUGGUGGGAUAACCCUGGCUCAACUUAAAGAACACAUUAUCUCUGUGGGAAGACGUGGAAUUUAUGAAGAAUAUGACGAUCUUAGGAAAGAGCAGCCCGAGGGGACUUUCAGUACAUCACUGUGAGUGUAUUGGAAACAGGAAGGUUUUUUUGUUUUUGUGUGUGUGUGUGUGUGUGUGUGUUUGUUAGUUAGGUAGGAAGACAUUGAUCUUUGUGUUUUAUUUUAAAUUUAGAUUUACAUAGUAUCAGAGGCACUACCUGGCAUAUGAUGCAAAACUUUGGAAUCCCACGGUUCUGUGUACCAGACAAUGAACAUAUACAUGUGUUCUCCGCAUUACGGAGUGGAUUCUGAGUUUCCAUUGCACUGAACUAAUUGGGCGUUAUAAUUACCUGCUCUCACUUUCCCCACCUUACCCCUGUAAAUGCUCCAAUAUCUUUUUUUCUGUGGUGAUUGAAACAGAACUGCCACCUAGUUGAAGAGAUUUUAUAAAGGUCAGAGUCCUCCAUGGCAGUUUCAAAGACUGGAUAAUAAUAUGUGUGUGUGAUAGCUGUAUAGAUAUAUAUAUUUUGUAAUUUAUUUUUGCCUUUCUCUUCUUUAUACUAGAGCUGCCGUUAAUCGUGAUAGGAAUCGUUACGGCGAUGUUCCAUGCCUGGACCAAACUCGCGUUAAACUUAAACGUGUGAACUGGCAUGAGGUAUAAUAUAAAACCAUUUCUCUUCUACUUUUAGUUCAGUAGAGUCUGUAGGUAUAGUAAUGACCGGAAUCAUAUCAUAACAUGUUAAUGGUAUAGAGAAAUAUGCAUAUUACAUUGGGAAAGGUAAGAGAUAUCUGUACGUAUUAAAAAAAGAAACCGACUAAGCUGUGUUCAUACGUGUAUAACAUUAAUAUAUAUCUGUCUAUCUAUUAGGGUGAUUAGGGGUAUCAAACUGCCAUGCAGUUAUUCUAGAACAGUAUUAGCAGACAGACUAUGAAGCAUGGUGCCUAUAGGUAUUUCACCGAAAUAUAGCAAAUCUCUGAACUAGGCUAACAACUAACAAAAGAGCAUAGUAUAUACCAGAAUUACGUCCCAGGCUUUUUGGGGAUAUUUCACCAGAAUGAAGUUACCUUAUAAUAAAAUCAGUCCAUUCCAAAUAUACUAGACAGAUUUUAUCAUCUCUUCACGGCUAGGAAGACCGGGGGUUAAAUCAUAGAUUUCCAAAACUCCUAAUGCUGGACAACUGUAAAUUUAUAGUGGCAUUUACCUACAUUCUAUCUUUGCAAUCUGAGUUACAGCAGUUAGCUAGUAAAGAUUAUCCAAAGUGAGCAUAGCACCGUAAGAGUUAACCUUUUGCCGUUGAGUCUGGUACCGAUUACUGUACUACCUUUUUAAUACUGAGUACAUUUAGUAUUUGGAUAGGAUAUCUAUCAUUUUCUACUAAGAUCACUAUUGUAGCUAUGAACAUAUCACUUACACAAGCCACAAUAUAUAUUUAACACAGUUUGAUAGUUACAAUUGUAACUUUGCCGUAGUGGCGAUCACCCUAUAUAGCUGUAUAGCAAACUAUCCGAGAGCAAACAGCUUCUCUCAACUUCUUUCAGAUCUAUUGUUAAUACCAGUUCAGGUUAAUACCCACAGCAUUAAACCUGGGCACCCCGCCGUACUAGUCAAAGCUUUACAGGACUAUCUAGCAGGAAAGUUCUUACAAUAUGUAUUUUUCUGCCUAUACAUGUCGGUGAAGUUUCUACCAGGUUUUACUUCAUUACCCCUAACAUAUACACUAUUUAUCCUAUAUACACACACCUUUGAGCUAACUGCAGUCAUUUAACUACACAUAUCUAUUAGCCGAUCGCAGCCUGCUCAUCUGUAUAUAUGUUUCUUUUUUAUCUUCACAAGUGUCUUUUUUAGUUUAUACAUAGUUAGACUAUAGAGUGUGCUGUUUGUUUUGUUCACUGUCCUAUUUGUAUUUUUUACAAUUAUCUAUUAAACUAUAAGUUUCAAUUUUGGAUCAUUUAUUGGUUAAUGUUGCCCCUUCCAUCUCCUUUUUUUUUUUUCUGUCUGUCUAUCUAAUCUAUCUCUGGAAUUUAAAGCGAAUUUAACAUUUUAAGCCAAAAAAGCAAAUUCGAAAUUUUUUUAAUCAUCUGUGUUUUUAUUUUGGCGUAAAAAUUGACAUUAUAAAGAAUAACCCGUGUGUACUGUAGAUAAAUGUCAGAGCACAAUCUGCGCGUUGUGUAAAAGUAGAUGUAAAAGCUGUUUAUUUGUCUUAAAAAUAAUUUUUAGUUGACUAACCCUGGUGUGGAUAAAUGAGUCGAUCAGUCUACCAGCCAAAGCCAAAUAUUAGUUAUACAGGACCCCCUUGGGUGAGCUGCAAGUGUAGUGUAAUGUUUAGCCAACGUUAUCAGGUUAAAUUGCUAAUCGAUUACCAGACACACCAUUAACAUGCAGAAACACUAAUAUUAUUUAAAAUUGAAUAUACUGGAAGCUUAAAUUGCUUAAACUGGUUCAACCAUCCUAUGCCUUUUUUUUCAAGACAUAAAAGUAUGUUUUCUAAUUUAAUUUUUAUAUCACAAUAAAACAUCCUUUCUUAAAAGUGUUCAUCAUGUAAAACCAAUGUGCAUCCAACAUAUGAAGAGAAGCAGUGCCAGAUAGCUGUACAUCUUCUAGACAGGGAAGAUAGCCACGUAUCUAAUAGAUAGAGGUACAUAUACUGAAACAUUAUAGAAACAAAGUGGCAGAUGGCUGUGUAUUCUAUAUAGAGAGAAGCGGUGACAGACAGAUCUGCAUCUAAUAAAGAUUCAUUUUCAAAGAGGAGAGAGUCUGGACUCCUUUAACUGAGUAGUCCUAUAUGCAGAACUCGGGGUUGGCAUGCCCCAUACAUAGACAAAGACCUCGUUGUAGGUCGAAACGUUGCUGCUUUGGUUUUGAUUCUCCAAUAAAUUUGUGCCUGGAUGAUAUUCUUCUUCCUGUCUAAUAGAGAUUCAUACCUCCUAACAUUGAGAACUAUGAAUUUGGGAGGGGGUUGGGCAGGCCACGGGGUGGCUGGACAGUAACACACGAUGUGCAGGUCCAGCUAUUUAUUUAUUUAUAAAAUAUUUUACCAGGAAAGAUACAUUGAGAUGUCCUGGGUCCACAAAACAUUGCAUUGAUACAAUAGGGUACAAUAAAAUACAAAAUCAAUAUUAAUACACAAUAAAUACAAAAUUUAACAUAGAACAGGUAGGAAAUAUAUAAUCAAUCAUGACUGGUGCAUUCUGUUUUGAGAUAUGUAGAGAGGGAUCUCUUAAAGGACUUUAGGCUUGGGAAGAUUUGAGAGUGUGUGGGAGGUUGUUCCAUAAUUGCGGUGCUCUGUAGGAAAAGGAGGAUCGGGCUGCUUUCUUUUUGGUAGACUAAAUAAAGUGCUGGUACUGGAUCGGAGGUUAUAGGAGGUAGGAAUAGCUGAGGAAAGCAUUGUGUUCAGGUAGGGUGGAAGUUUCCCAGAAAAGCUCUUAAACACAAGGCUGGAAAGAUGAAGGGUGCGUCUGGAUUCCAGCGACAGCCAGUUUAGUUCUUUUAGCAUGUCACAAUGGUUGGUCCUGUAAUUACAUUGUAGCACAAAUCGACAGAACGAGUUAUACAAUGUAUUGAGUUUAUUAAUGUGGGAUUGCGAUGCAGAUGCAUAUACUACAUCCCCAUAAUCAAUGAUUGGCAUCAGCAUUUGCAGUACAAUCUUUUCCUUUACUGUAGGGCUUAGACAGGAUUUGUUUCUGUACAGGGCACCUAGUUUUGGAUAAAGUUUAGAUGCAAGCUUUUCUAUGUGCAGGCCAAAAGAUAGAUUGGGGUCUAAUAUCAUAGCCAAGUAUUUUAAAGAGUGGACUGCGGUCAGUGUGCUGACAGGCCCACCUGUAAACAGAGCCAUGUCAGCCUGUCAUGAAUGGAAGCCACGCUGACUGACAGACACUCUGGCCAGUCCUUCUGUGAGCGCUCAGACAAUGGCCGAAUACCUUGACAGCAGAGUGUUAGUACCUAUAACGAUGCACUCGCACUACAUUUUCUGGGUACUCAGUCCCUGGCAUUCCCUAGUGCUAUGCCCUGUCUCUAUAACAGGAUGUUCGGUCACAUCGAUAGAAGCAACGCAAGAUCACGGAGGAGGUUGAGUAUUGUGGGAGAGCUUUCUUUGACACAGGAAAGGAAGACUAGAUCAGAAAGGAAGAAAAAAAAGCAUUGAUUUCGUGAGAGAAAGAGAAUAGGAAACAAUAGGAGAAAGGUAAGUUUGGUGAGACCGUGCUGCUUUAAAGGACCACUAUAGUGCCAGGAAAACAUACUCGUUUUCCUGGCACUAUAGUUCCCUGAGGGUGCCCCCACCCUCAGGGUCCCCCUCCCGCCCGGCUCUGGAAGGGGGAAAGGGGUAAAAACUUACCUUUUUCCAGCGCUGGGCGGAGAGCUCUCCUCCUCCUCUCCGCCUCCGUUACGCCCGCCUUGAAUGCGCACGCAGCGGCAAGAGCUGGUAGCGCAUUCAGCCGUCUCAGGAAAGCAUUUACAAUGCUUUCCUAUGGACGCUGGCGUGCUCUCACUGUAAAUCACAGUGAGAAGCAUAGCGCUCUAGUGGCUGUCAAUGAGACAGCCACUAGAGGCUUUGGGGGAAGGCUUAACCCAUUCAUAAUUAUAGCAGUUUCUCUGAAACUGCUAUAAUUAUGAAAAAAUGGGUUAACCCUAGAAGGACCUGGCACCCAGACCACUUCAUUAAGCUGAAGUGGUCCUUUAACUAGUUAUCUUGCUAUCCCUUACUACCUCCUCUGCCAGCACUUGUUUGAUAUGCUGAAUAAUUCCACUAGGCGCAAAAACUGCCAUCUGGCUUUAAAAGAACUUUAGAAAAAUGAACUAAGAAUAAAAGGAAUCUUGAUGCCUUCCUUGCAAUAUGUGCAAACCCUGAAUAGAGCAGAGGUUCAUUUUAAAAUCUGGGAUUGUCCUCUGUAGUGAUUAUAAAACUUUGUUAAAAAGCACAGAUAUCUCUUAUUAAAAGGAGCAGACAGAUUGUUAGCCUUGUGUCUGGAACAGAGAAAUCGUCAGCUGCUGACCUCCUUCCUCUUGUUUGUCUGCAGAGACACAGUUGCAUAUUUGGUUUGUUUAGCUUCAUACACAUUGAAGACUAUGACAACUGUCUUAUGUCUUUUCAGCGCUCCGACUAUAUCAAUGCUAGCUUCAUGGAUGGAUAUUUGCAGAAGAAUAUGUACAUUGGGACUCAAGGUAAAUCUAUUUAAGGAGCUCCAUUGGUAUAACUGCACUGUGUGUAUGUGUGUCAAUCAGACAGGUACCUUUCAUAUUAAUCAUAGUGGUCUCCUAAUGACCCAGUAAUUUUUUACAUGAAAUUAAUAUUAGUUUAAAUAUUUUUAAAGGGACACUAUAGUAACUAGAACUACUACCGCUUAUUGAAUUUGUUCUGGUGAGUAGAAUCAUUACCUUCAGGCUUUUUGCUGUAAACACUGUCUUUUCAGAAAAUGCAGUGUUUACAUUACAGCCUAGAGAUACCUCCACUGGCCGCCACUCAGAUGACUGCUAGAGGUGCUUCCUGAGGCAGUGCUGCACAGUGUGACUGACAUUCAGUGUCUCCACCCUCUGCAUGUAAACACUGAACUUACCUCAAAGAGACGCAUUGAUUCAAGGCUCUGCUUUGGCUGAGAUCCUAUGGGAAAGCAUUGUGAUUGACUGAGAUCAUAAAUUCUGAUGUCAGUGAAGGGAUGGAGUGUGUGCGAAGCCAGUGCCAGUGGAAAUAAAGUGAGUUAUUAUUGUAUGCAAUGGGGACCAGAGGUGCUAGAUGGUGUUUUUAACAUUUGUGUUUCUUUAAGCUUUAAUGCUGGGACCUAUAAAAUGAUACAUUUAUUCUGUUUCAUGUAGUGCAACCUACAUAAACAAAUACUAACGUACAGAGCUAAAUGUGGGAAAAUAAAUGUAACCCAGGUAGGAUGUUAGAGCAUUCGGGCCAAGCUGGUUAUAAUUAUUGUUUGUCUAUAUAUUUCUAGAAUUUAAAAGCAUGACAUCAAGUAAUUAUGACUGUGUGGCUCUGUGCCCAAUUCUUUCCUCAGGACCUUUGGAGAACACAUUCCCGGACUUUUGGCAGAUGGUUUGGGAACAGAAUGUGUUGGUGAUAGUUAUGACAACAAGGUAACGGUGGGGACCAAAGGCUUUUGGGUUAUGAAAUUCAGCAGGAGAGUGGAAUGUUCGUUCACCUCUCUCCUCUCUGAUUCUUUACUCUAUCUCGUGCCCCAUUCAUAAUUUCCUUUAAUUCCUUCUGUUUCCACAUUUAUCUCACUGUAGGGUUGAAGAAGGUGGCCAUCGAAAGUGUGGCCAGUACUGGCCCUUGUCUCCUGGGACCCUUGCAACAUAUGGAACUGUUACUGUCAGCAACAAGGCCAUUGAGAAUCAUCAGCACUACAGAAAAUGCACCCUAGAGUUAAGUGUACGACAGGUACGACUUCACCCUACUUCUCCUUACUCUGUACUCCCUUGUUCUCCACCCUACACUCACAUUCUUCCCCUUUUUGCUCUACUCACACUCUAUAUCUCCUCCACUCACACUCUAUGGCUCCUCUCUGACUUGAUUUUUCUUCUAUAGUACCUACAAACGCCACAAUACUGGAGUAGGUUGAGAAUAUUACAAGAAUGAACCCUUUGCUAACCAAACUAGUCUAUACAAUGGCGGAGUAAGCCUGCUUCCCAAUCCAAACCCUGUGUGUUAAUAGGAAAAAAAAUCAAUAACACGGCUAUAAAUGAGCUCAUGAUUUUCCUAUAAAUUGGAUUGUGUGUUUUUAUGGUGACUAUUUUGCAUUUUAUAUAGAAAAAUACACUCACACCUUGAAACUCUGAUACACAUACACACACUCAGAUGUACACAGUGACACAUACACACAUCUAGACUAAAAAAUACACACACACUCAGAUGCACACAGUGACACAUACACACAUCUUGACUAAAAAAUACACACACACUCCGAUACACACACUGACACACACAGACACCUUAACAAACAGAUACACACACUGUCAUAUACAGUGGCGUACACACAACCCAAGGGGCCCUGGUGCGAAAACUGAUCCGUGCCCACCCCCCACGCGCUUACUCUGCGCGGGCUGGGUGCGCAACACAUGACUGCGACCCCUGCGACUGCGGUAUGUACGCCAGUGCAUGCAGAUACACAUACACUUAAAGGACCACUACAGACACCCAGAUCACAUCAGCUCAAUGAAGUGGUCUGGGUGCCAGGUCCCUCUAGUUUUAACCCUGCAGCUGAAACUGCUAUGCUUCACUGAGGGUUAAUCCAGCCUCUAGUGGCUGUCUCAUUGACAGCCGCUAGAGGAGCUUCCGCGAUUCUCACAGUGAAAAUCAGUGAGAAGACGCUGAACGUCCAUAGGAAAGCAUUGAGUAAUGCUUUCCUAUGGGCGGUUUGAAUGCGCGUGCAACUCUUGCCACGCAUGCGCAAUCGGAGCAGAGAGGUGGAUCGGGGCGGAGAGAGUCCGGUGCUUAAGACACUCACACACUCUCAUGAACAGACGCAUACACACUAGCUAACAGACACACUCAGUGACAGACAUACAUACUCAGUGGCAGACAGACACACACUCACUAACAGACGCACACAAACUAACACACUCAGUAACAGACACAAACAGUAACACACACUCACUCUAACACACACACACUCACUCUAACACACACACACUCUAACACACACACUCUAACACACACACACACACACUCUAACACACACACGUUUAAAAAAAAAAAAAUUUAAUCCCCCAGCCUCCCUACCUUUGGGAGUGCUGAGGGGAUUCCCUGGGGUCCAGUGGUGUCACCUGGUGAGCAGGCUGGCGGGCGCGCGAGGGAGCACUCUCCCCUGAGUGCUUCCUGUUCAGCUCCCUCUCGCGCCGCGUACUGAUGCCGGAGCCGGAAGAUGACGUCAGGCUCUGGCAUCAGUGCGAUGUGCAAGGGAGCUGAAGAGGGAGCACACAGGGGAGAGUGCUCCCGCGCACGCGACAGCCUGCCCGCCAGGUGACACCAGGGCCAGCCCUGAGGGGGGGCCCUGAGGUGGCCGGCUCCUGGGCCCCCCAGCAGAAGAGGAUGGCCACACUGGGUACAUCCCAGGUCGCAGGGGGGCCGGGCCCGGUCGCAGCCGCGACCCCGGUAUGUACACCACUGGUCAUAUAAACACACACACACACACAUACACAUUGGCACAUACAAACACACUGAUACACACUGGCACAUACACACACCUUGACACACAGAUACAUACACACAGACUGACAAACCGAUAACUGGCACACACAGUGAAACAUGCACACACUCUUUCCAAACAAACAUAAGGAACUGCACUUGAUCCAAUCAAUCUGAGCCAGGGUGCAACUGAACCAGAUGCUUGACAAAGACCAUAAGGUCGAAACGUUGCUGUGGGCUUCAUUAAAUUUACCAUUCUGAACCUUGGAGUGCCUGAAUCAUUUUUUGUAUGUUAUACAUGCACACACUGGCACAUACACACUCACAAUAUGACAGCCUCUCCUCUGCCAUCCAUGCUGCUCACUCUAUGGGUGGCCGUCUCCUGUCUCCUCCCUCCCUACCGUGCGUCAGCAACUCUGGGAAGCUGGGAGGAAGUGCUAUCACUUACUCCCAGUCGGCUGAUACUACAGGGGCCCGGUCAUGCUCUUAAAGGGCUGCGGCCAGUGGUGUAUCCUGGUUUUGUGCUGCCAAAACUCAGACGCCCACCCUUCCCCCCCGCCUCGCCUUCUAAAUAUACACACACACACACAUUCACCGACAGACACACAUACACUAGCUAUCAGACAUACACACUCACUAACAGACACAUACAGUCACUAGCAGACACACUCUCACUAACAGACAUGCAUACACUCUCACUAACACACACACAUAGUAACCCACUCCCUGACAUACACACACAAACUAACAGACAAACACACACUCACUAACAGACACACACACACACACACACAAACAGACAAACACACACUCACUCACACACUAACAGACACUAACAGACACACACUCACAUUAACACACUCACUUUUUUUUUUUUUAUUUAACCCCCCCCCAGCCUCCUUACCUUUGGGAAUGCUAGGGGGGUUCUCCCUUUCCCUGGGGUCCACUGGGGCUGCUGGGCGGACAGGCGGUGCUGGCGAGGGAGCAUUGAUUAGUGAGCUCUCUGCUCAGCUCCCUCGUGCGCUGCAGAGUGAUGCCGGGAGCCGGAAUAUGAUGUCAUAUUCCGGCUCCCGGCAUCACUCUGCGGCACCCAAGGGAGCUGAGCAGAGAGCUCACUAAUCAGUGCUCCCUCACCAGCGCCGCCCGCCCGGAUUUGUAGUUAACCGCCAGGCUAACAAGACGUGCCCUGGGCAUUUGGGGGCGGCUUUUUUUGCCGCCCCCUGGAAAAUGCCGCCCAAGGCAAAUGCCUUGUUUGCCACGCGGCUAAUACAUCCCUGGCUGCGGCACCCGACCAGGCCCCCGAUUUGCGAUUAUAAUUGCAGUGGCCGUUUUGUUUGGGGAAAUCACGGCGGAACCCCAUUUGUGUUCUCGCGGAACGCCAAUUGGGAAACACUGCUCUGAAGUUUCACUGCUCAAUUCUCUGCCAUUUAGGAGUUAAAUUACUUUUGUUUCUGUUUAUGCAGUCCUAGCCACUCCUGAAACAGCCUGCAUGAAAAUAAAAUGGUAUCACUUGAAUUCAGGUGUAACUUACUUUAAAAGUUUUUAUAUCCUGCUCUGGAAAUUGGCCUUUAAUCACCCACAGGAGGCUCCUGCAAGGUCUAGCAAGCUAUUAACAGAGCAAGAGAUCAGUAAUUCUAAAUUAAACAGAAUUUGCAAUAAAGGAAACGUAAACAUUAUGUGUCUCUCUAUAGAAAGUGUUUAGGAAAGCUGUGCAAGUCAUGCUGGGAGGUGUGCCCAGGGCUACAUAAACAGAGCGAUUUAGGCAGUGGGCUUGACCGCCAUGCUGGACAGCCACAUGGAGAGUAAGCUCCUCACAUGAAUUAAAUUAAAUAGUUAUAUUUGGACUUUAUUGGCUACUUUCUAACCUUUGGUGCAUAUCAAGCUGUGUCCACGAGCCACCAGGGAGCUGGCAACAACACAUCUGCAGCUUAUUUGCAGUGUGGCCUAGCAUGGGCCAAAGCGGGAGGGUCUCACUGACAAAGCUAUGGUUGAGUCCCGUUUUCCCACCAUUUGUACUGACUGUUGUUAUCCCGGUCCCCACCAGACUGCCUUGUACUACCUGCACAAUACCUACUGUGUGAAUCAGGGCAUAGUCCAGAAGUCUCGCACCUUGCUGCCUACACAAGAUGGCAAUAAUCUUCCCGUCUGCCUGGGCUCAGAGCCUCUUGAGGCAUACUCUCCUCGCAUCCACCACAAUUAUGUGGGAUCACACGCCGAAGGCUGUGUGCACCAUCUAGAUCCUCUGGUGACCCUGCAGGGGGGAAGGACUCGGUUCCUAAGAGUGCUCAAGUUCAUGGAUUGAAGAUGCAGGCAGUCAUACAGUCCUGGGACUGAAGGAGAACCCCGUUCAGGCAAGGCCCUGCAACUGUUCAACUGGACUCCUCUUCCUCCACGUCCACCGUACCGCUUAUGGGGAUCGGCUCAUCUGGCAUCAAGGCCCUCUGCUGUGGAGAGACUGUGUAGACGGCAACUGCCUGAUACAACCCAUUGCAUGACAUAUGCCCUGUUAUUGCUCUCAUUGUUAUAUACAAUUCUAUGCUGAGGUUGCAUUUCAAUCUAUCUCUCCAGAUAGAUUUUUAUGUCUCUAGCUAUAGAGUCUGUUUUCAGUUUUACGCAUGUUAGCCUAGAUUGUCUUUAAUUAUUCUUUUAUUAUUACAGAAAAGGAGCUGUUUUCUCGAGUGCUAUGUUUAUUUUGAAGUGUACGCAUAAGCUUGUUCCUGCUGUUGUGGCAUCACAAGCAUGUCUAUAACACUAAGCUUCAUAAAAUAAAGAUUGGCAAAAGAAAAACAGCAAAGUGAUUUAACUAAAUGGCAGAGAAUUAAUCAGUAAGACUGCAGGGGCAUGAUCUAUGCACCAAAACUGCUUCAUUAAGCUAAAGUUGUAUUGGUGGCUAUAAUGUCCCUUUAAGUCACCUGAGUGUCAUCCAAAUGUUUUUUAUUAAGCCCAGAUCAAAAUUAUUGAUGUAAUUGGUCAUAUACCUAAAAUGUUUGUGGGGACCUAGUGAUGUUUCUGGGACUGUAGAAUGCAAAAUGCCAACAUGGUAUUCACAUUAUUAUGUUUGUGCGCAUCUACACUAUGUAGAGCAUUGCAUGCUGGUAUUGCAGCCUUUAAAUAAGAUUUGCGGUGUACCCAGAACCCUCCCUCCUCCAUCCCCUCUUGCUGCUAGUAUGCUGCCCUAUACUUUUGAACCAUUUAGGCUCCUGAUAUUUACAGUCCCUCUGUGUGAGUGAUAGGUGCCUGACUGGUGCUGGAGCUAUAAGUGAGGGUAUUUUAAAGCGUCUCUGUCUCUUUCACUGUCUGGGGUUUCUGCAUAAUUUGCAAAGACCUCAAUCGGCACUGGAGGUACCUGUGCCGAGCGGGUACACAAGAAUACAGAAUUGAGGUCUGUGGAGGAUCCCCCAAGACCACAGGAUUCUCCAUAGAAAGAGCUUUAUUUCCCUAAAGCCAUCACUGGUGACGGCUGGUGAAAAUAACAAGGUGAGCGGUAGAUUUGCCUUUUUUUUCAAGCGGUGUCAAUUACAUUUAUAAGGGUUCAUGGUCGGUGUAUGCCGUGGAUGGCUGUAAAAGCCACUCCAUGCCAGAUCAUUGGCUUGGUGUACCCCACAAUCUAUCACACAGGGUUUUAAAUGUGCUACCCAUAAGGACAUUCAGGUAAUUGGCAAAGAGUCAGCAGCCAUCUUAGAAGUAUAUUGGCACUCUGUAGAUAGUAGCCAACAGUAAGGCUCCAGGGACGUGUAGUAAGGCUCAUUGUGUGUGUGUUUGUGUGUGUAUCCCCAGCACCUCUCUGCAUUCAUUAUAGUGGUUUUAACAUUUUUGUAUACUGUGUGUUUGGGUGAAUCCCACCAUUGUGUUUUAUUUAUACUUUAGAGUCGGGAGAAGCGAAUCAUAAGCCACUUGCAGUUCCUGAGCUGGCCUGAUUUUGGAGUCCCUAACUCUGCUGCCGCACUCAUCCACUUUCGGGAUGUUGUUAAAAAAGAGCAGAGAAGACUGGUGCGUGACCUUGGAAUGCGCUGGAAAGGUUCACCGGGAGGACCUCCCAUUGUCGUUCAUUGCAGUGCAGGCAUUGGAAGGACAGGUAAUUGAUCAGGAGCAGAGGUUAGUUGCUGUUUUAGAAUAAAAGAAAACUAGUUUUACUAAUAAAUUAAAGUUGAGGCGAGAAAAAAACGUGCUACAUUUUCCUCAUUGAUUUUUAAGUAAAUGCUAAUUCCGGUUGUAAAUCGUCUGCAUAUCCUAGAGCUAACUUUUAAAUUCCACAUCAGACACAGCAAGUCUGAAAGAUUGUUAGGGUUAUUCACCAAGGGAAGAAUUGCCAUGAAUUCAAAGUAAGUUCAAAAACGAUUUCAAAAUUAGAUAAAAAUAGCCAAAAGCGGAAAAGAAAAUAACUCCAAGUCAACUUUGUGUUUUCUUUUUCUGUUUUGGCUUUAAAUUUGAAAUUCUAUUUGAACUGAUGAAAAUUUUCAUGUUGAUGAAUAAUCCUGUGCUUCUUUACAAGUGUCCCAAAAUGCAUUGCAAAAUAUGCAGAACAGACAGCUAUCACUUUUUCAGACUUCUAACUCCUAUUUCUGUAAUCAUUCCUAGCAGUGAAAUACUGUUUUUAAAGUACAGUUUUUUUAGGCUAGUGCAGUUAUAUCCAAAAUAUGGCUCAAAGAUUGCCUUGGGAAAUGCAGAUCGUGCACGGUAUUAAAGGACCACUAUAGUGCCAGGAAAACAAACUCGUUUUCCUGGCACUAUAGGGUCUUUGGGUCCCCCCCACCCUCAGGGUCCCACUCCCGCCGGGCUGAACGGGGAGGAAGGGGUUAAAUUCUUACCUUUCUCCAGCGCCGGGCUCCCUCUUCCGACGUCAUCCGCCGAAUGCGCAUGUGCGGCAAGAGCCGCGCGCGCAUUCAAUCAGUCCAUAGGAAAGCAUUUCUCAAUGCUUUCAUAUGGACGCUGGCGUCUUCUCACUGUGAAAAUCACAAUGAGAAGCCCCUCUAGCGGCUGUCAAUGAGACAGCCACUAAAGGCUGGAUUAACCCUCAGUGAAACAUAGCAGUUUCUCUGAAACUGCUGUUUACAGCUGCAGGGUUAAAACUAGAUGGACCUGGCACCCAGUUCACUUCACUGAGCUGAAGUUGUCUGGGUGCCUAUAUAGGUCCUUUAAAUUUUGGAAUUUAGGAAAAUUUGCAUGAGGAACUGUUAGAAUAAGAAAUAGAUCUUUAGUAGGUCAUUAUAAAAUACAGUUUGUGCUUAUAUGUGUCUUACUCUUAGGUACUUUCUGUACCCUGGAUAUCUGCCUGACCCAGCUGGAGGACGUCGGCAGCCUGAACAUCCCGCAGACUGUCAGACGAAUGCGCAAGCAAAGAGCGUUCAGCAUACAGACUCCGGAGCAGUUCUACUUCUGCCACACCGCCAUUCUGGAGCACACAGCCAGCUGAUACUGGUAUCACAUCCUGCCAUCCACUGCCAAGAUCAGUGUUGGGGCCAUACAAUAGCGAGAAGCUAUCUAGGAUACUGUGAAGGCAGCAUGACACCCAGUUAUUGAUAGGUCAACUACUGAGUGCCUUAUAACAAUGAUGCACAGCAAGAAUAGUAAGCCAUCAAAUGACAAAUCACUUUAUAGUGUUCUUAUUGCUCCGCAUCCCUCACACUCUGCACACAUUACACUAUCAUACACAAACAUUACAUCCAAUGCAAGCCAUCACAAGCUGUAAUGUACCCAUCGGACAAAACAAACACCGAGACAUCAAUACCGUUUACAAAAAAAACAUAUUACAAUUACCAUUAAGGAGCAUUAAGAUUCUUAAAAACAUGGGGCUGGAGCACAUAAAUAAAUGCACCAGAAAUUACACUUACAUGUGCUUACCCUAAUACACACACAUGUAUCAUGUAUGAUUUCACCAACCUGGCCAAGUACCCACUGCUUCCGGCACCCAAUAAGGUGUGUGGAGCAGCAGACCUGGGGCUCUGAUUGGAGCAUGCAAUUCACUAGUUCCAUGUUCCAACAUACCUGUACUGUUGUAGCCAGAAGCUCAGUGUGGAGUAUGCAGUCAGGAGAUGGUUGGUUUUUAUGGCUUUUGUUUUUUAUUUUCAUUUUUGUUUUAAACUAGCCCAUCUGACAGGUUAAAGACUUAAAAUGAACGAAAAGCUUACUGUAUAUAUGGAUAGUAUAUUACCACAUAAACAAGCUUUCGUUCAUGGAUCCCCUUUCAUUUAAAUUGGAAGGGUUAUUCCAGGUAUCCGCUAACCUUUCCCGUCCAUGUGCAGACAUCCCUAUAAACAUGCACACAACCCAUUCAUAUAUGGGAGACAGACAGUCCUCCUAUAUAUGCAGACAACCGUCCUCGGACAUAUAUAGACUGGACAUGGGUAAAAAUACACACACAAGAUGUUUAUUCUUUUCUACUGUAUGUAUCAUGUCCUGUCCUGCUUUCUGUUGGAUACAUCCAGGUAGAUUGUCUUCUAUUUGAGGAGAACAAGAUACUGCAAGAGUGAUCCUGGGACCUGCAGAAGACAAUCUACCUGGAUGUAAAUAGGUAGGAAUUGUAAACUAUCACCACCUCUAAUUACCGCUGAGUGCCACAAUAGUACCCACAUAAUGCGAACGCGGCUCAGUAAGAGGUGCAUGUGGGAUUUGGUAGCUGUGGAUAAAACAUUACCGUGACAACAUCACAACAUAAGACGGGCUGCAUUCUAGAUGAUUGUCCGUGAAUUGGAAAUGUUUUUACUGUAUGAGCCCAAAUUUGGCAUGUUAUCACGUAUUUAAAAAAACGAAAUUCUAUUUUUUAUUUUGCCCUGAUUUUCCUUCCAGGCAGCCCUGGUUCUGCACAGUGUGGAAGGUCCUAUAACAUCACCCUUCAGGCAACAUAUUUAUGGUUUCUCAUUAGUACUCUCAGGAUAUUUAGCCAUACUCACAAUGCUCCUACCUACAUUUAUUUUCAUUAUUAUGCACAACAAAGCAAAAUCGCCAUCCACACAUCCCAAUAUCCAAUAAAAACUACUCUCACACUUUUCCUACCAAUUCAUCAAGUCAUAGCCUACUUAUUUCCAUCAGUCUAUAAUCCAUGACAUCUAAUCUACGUAUAUCCAUGCACACGUUAUAUAAUGUUACAGAGCACUUUAAUAUGUUGUUACACAGUAGGGAAUGCACGGUAUUUAAUCUAGUUCAGUGCAAAACAUUUCAUUUGCUGAGCUUUGCAGAAGAAAUAUGUUUUGUAUUUCCAUAUGACAACAUUCCUUUUGACUCUGUUUCUGGGCCUAGAUCACGAUUUACUUAUAGCAGCCGGCCCAUGCAGAGCAGGUAAUGUGCAUAAAUUGCCGUCGCAGAACCUGUACCAGCCAAUGAGAACUUCAGUAAGAUAAGAGGGAUGAAAAGAUUGCAAGCAAACAAGUAUGAAAGGAAGGUUUAAAAAAAAAAAAAAGGAAAUAAACACUAAGGACUAAUUAUUAUUUAUUUAAAGUCUAUUUUGCAGCAACAAAUUCAUCAAAAAUAAUUAAGGAAAAUUCACAUGAAAUUAUUCUCAUCUGUUCUUUUUCCCAUUCACUGCUAUAGGAUGGGGGAAUUAAUGUUCCCUCUACCGCCGUACUGGUCAGUAAGAUGGGGAAGUUUUAAUAGUGCAGGGUUAACCUGAUCCCUGCUAUUCCAGUGGUACUUAAACAAUUGUUCCGAUAACAUAUGUACAGAGGAUGAAUGUAAUGUAAUUAAUGGGGGUACUCAAGGAAGAGCUGUGAAUGCCCUCCUGUUCUCACACCCCUCGUGGGGUGUACGUGAAUGUAUUGCAGUAGCAGGACUAGCAUGUUCCAACUAUCCUUUUAAUGUAUACCAUUCCCAUCCUCUAGAAAGGCUGCCAAGGCAGUGCCUUGUCAUACUGACUCAAUAACACACUAAAUACAGCAAACUAAGGUCCAUAACUUCUUUCUAAAUUUAUAUGGACAUGAUAGGUUAAAUUUGCAGACUUUUCAUUCUUUCAAAAAUAAACAUGAAUAUGUUUUCUAACUUAAAAAAAAACAAAAAAAAAAACUAUAGCAUAGUUAACUAUCCAACUAUCUUCAUCUUAUUUCAUGUGGCGCAGGCUUUCAUUACAAUAAAGUCUUCGUAAUGAAAAGCAAACUUUAAAAAAUGAAAAUAAAAACUUGCUGCAGAUGAUCAAAAUUAUACUGACUAUAUAAUACAGAAUGCACACUGUAACACUCACUGAUAUUAAAUAUAAACCUUUAAUAAGUAUGCAAACAAAGAUUAUUUUUACAUAUUAUACAAAAUAGGAACAGAGUAACAGUACAAAGCAAAUUGCACACAAGAUAAUAUAUCCAAACCUUACAAGGCUCAAGGCAGAGACACAAGUCACCAACUACCCCAACGUUUUGGCAUCAACUGGCUGCCUUCAUCAAGAGUACCUGUAUCUGUG